AUGAGUGAUGUAGUGGCAACUAAUUCCAGUAAAUGUCUUGAGGAUCAGAAGAUGUUACUGCUGCAGCUGAGAAAUAACCUUACUUAUGAUUCUGAAAUAUCUACCAAGCUAGUGAAGUGGAACCAGCGGAUUGACUGCUGUCAAUGGGAGGGUGUCACUUGCAACGGUGAAGGCCAAGUUAUUGGUCUUGACCUUAGCGCUGAAUCAUUCUCGGGCAGUAUCGCUCCGUUAGCUGAUCUUAAGUUUCUCUCUAUUGUCCGUCUUGAUGGGAACAAUUUAUCUGCACCAAUUCCAGAGUUCUUUGCCGAAUUCACCAAUUUAACUGUCUUGAGUCUGAGUUCCUCCAACUUGAUAGGAGAGGCACCUCAGAAAAUAUUCCAGGUACAAACUCUGCAAACAAUUGACUUAUCAGUAAAUGAGAUGCUUGGGGGUUCUUUACCUGAAUUUCCUUCAAAAGGAUCUCUACAAAACCUGGUUCUUAGUGAUACGAAAUUUUCAGGAAGUUUACCUGAGUCCAUAGGGAACCUUAGGAAGUUGUCGCAUGUUGAACUUAGAGCUUGUAAUUUUACAGGUCCAAUUCCAUCUUCUAUGGAAAAUCUAACCCAGCUUGUUCUUCUGGAUUUCAAUUUGAAUAGCUUCACGGGUUCAUUUCCAUCUUUUAAGCUGUCCAAAAAUCUCACUGAUAUAUACUCUGCUAGAAAUCGUUUGACAGGAAUAUCAUCAGACUGGGAAGGCUUUGAGAAUCUGAAGUAUCUUGACUUGAGUAACAAUUCAAUUUCUGGGCUCAUUCCAGAAUCAUUGUUUUACCUACCCUCACUUUCAGGUUUAUAUCUGUCCAACAACAAGUUUUCUGGCCAAAUAACUGAAUUACAAAAUGUUAUUUCUCCACUAGAAAGUCUUGAGUUGAGUUCCAACAAAUUGGAAGGGCCAAUACCUGAGUUUUUAUUUGAGCUGCAUGAUCUUUACGGUCUUUCACUUUCAUUCAACAAGUUUAAUGGUACUGUGCAGUUGAAGAAGUUCACCAACCUCAAUAAACUUGUAAGUCUUGAUCUGUCCCACAACAGUUUAUCAGUUGACACAAAUAUAAGUGAAUCAGACCUUGCCCUGUUACCCCAGCUGAAUAGUUUCAUGUUAGCGUCAUGCAAACUGCAGAAUAUUUCCUUCCUCAAAAACCAAUCAAAGUUGUCGAUGUUAGAUCUCUCAAACAGCCAACUUACUGGUGAAAUACCAAACUGGCUGGUGGAAAUCAAUGAUGGACUUCUCCGUUUUCUGAAUCUUUCUUUCAAUCAAUUCACACAUCUUCAAGAACCUUAUACAUUUGGCUUCCUGAAUUUCCUUGAUCUGCAUUCAAAUCUGCUCACUGGGGUUAUUCCAUUACCACCACGUGCAGCUGCUUAUAUUGACUUCUCAGACAAUAACUUUUCUACUUUUCCACCUGACUUUGGCAAUUAUCUAGUAACUGCUUGGUUCCUCUCAAUUGCAAACAACAAAGUUAUCGGUAGUAUCCCUUCUUCGAUAUGCAACUCCAGCUAUCUUGAAGUACUUGAGUUGUCAAACAACAGUUUGAAUGGCAUAAUACCACCAUGUUUAGCAGAAAAGAGCAGCACACUGAAAGUACUGAACCUGGGAAAGAACAAUCUCAUAGGAAAUAUACCUGAAAAGUUUUCUUAUAAUUGUGAGUUACAGAGCCUUGACCUCAGUCAGAAUCACUUAACAGGUGUGCUUCCUCGUUCUUUGUCCAACUGCACAAAGUUAAAGGUAUUAAAUAUUGGAAACAACAAGAUCAAGGAUACUUUCCCCUGCUGGUUGAAGAACAUGUCAGAUCUUCGUGUACUUGUAUUACGCUUCAAUGGUUUCCAUGGGAACAUUGAUUGCUCACGAGUGAGUUCCAACUGGACCGCUCUUCAAAUCAUGGACCUAGCUUCCAACAAUUUAGGGGGUGUUCUUCCACGAGGUUCAUUCUUGGAGCUAAAAGGAAUGAUGGCUGACCCAUCUUUAACACAUUUACGCUCUGAUAUCUUGCAUUUUGAGUCUCAAUCUGUUAGGUCAGUAUACUAUCAGGACAGAGUCACUCUUCCUCUUAAAGGACUAGAUGUUACACAAACAAAGAUCUUUCUCUUCUUCACCUCCAUUGACUUUUCAAGCAACAAUUUUGUGGGGAACAUACCAGAGAUAGUUGGAGAUCUCAGAUCACUUUAUCUUCUCAAUAUUUCACACAACAAUCUCACGGGUCAAAUCCCUCCAGCAAUUGGAAAUUUGAAGCAAUUGGAAUCACUGGACCUCUCAUUCAACAAAUUAGGUGGCAAUAUCCCAGAAAAGCUUGCUAGCCUUACAUUUCUUUCCCACAUAAAUUUAUCAUAUAAUGAAUUGGUUGGAAUGAUUCCACGAGGCAACCAAAUUCAAACAUUUGGAGAAAGUUCUUUUGAAGGAAACAAGGGGCUAUGUGGGUUACCGCUGAACAGAACUUGCAAGAAUAAUUCAGCAGAUGCACCUUCAGAGCCAGAAGUUGAAGAGGACGAAUUCAUUUCAAGGACGGAGAUUUAUGUAAGUGCUAUGUUGGGAUUUGUUGUUGGUGUUGGGGUCAUCUUUCUACCACUUCUGUUCUCAAAAAGAUGGAACCAGUCGUACAACAGAACAAUUGACAGAUUAAUUUUAAGGAUAUUUCAGCAGCAAAAUCAAGAAAGGAGAACUAGUAGCAGUAGUGUAGCAUCUUGGAAAAAGGCAGCAGGGAAAGCAAGAGGCAGACAUUAA